GGAAAUAUUGUCCAAAAUGAAUCAGAGUGAUCGAGGGAUGUUGUUCGCUGGCGUGAGCCGUGGACACAGCCCCUAAACCCCACAGCAGAUGGAAGAGAUCGACUCUUUGGCUGUUCAGAGACAGAAUAAGAGUUCCAUGAGUUGAAUUCCUGCUGUUUGGCGUCUCAUAUGAUGGAACGGGCGAUGGAACAUCUGAAUGUGCAGCUGAAUCGGUUAACGCGCUCAUUGCGCCGCGCCAGGACAAUAGAGCUCCCCGAAGAUAGUGAAACAGCUGUGUACACCCUAAUGCCCAUGGUCAUGGCUGACCAGCACAGGUCUGUUUCUGAAUUGCUUUUAAACUCCAAGUUUGAUGUCAACUAUGCCUUUGGACGUGUUAAAAGAAGCCUUCUACACAUCGCUGCCAAUUGUGGGUCAGUAGAGUGUCUUGUCCUGCUAUUAAAACGUGGAGCGAAUCCAAACUAUCAGGACAUUUCUGGCUGUACACCUCUACACCUGGCAGCAAGAAAUGGACAGAAGAAGUGUAUGGGCAGACUGUUAGAGUACAACGCUGAUGUCAAUAUCUGCAAUAAUGAAGGCUUGACUGCUAUUCACUGGCUGGCUGUGAAUGGAAGGACAGAACUGCUUCAUGAUCUAGUUCAACAUGUGUCUAAUGUGGAUGUGGAAGACGCUAUGGGCCAGACAGCAUUACAUGUUGCCUGCCAAAAUGGACACAAGACUACAGUGCAGUGUCUUCUGGACAGUGGAGCAGACAUCAACAGACCCAAUGUAUCUGGAGCGACUCCGCUUUAUUUCGCCUGCAGUCAUGGUCAGAGAGACACCGCUCAAAUACUGCUCUUAAGAGGAGCAAAGUAUCUGCCAGACAAGAAUGGGGUCACACCGCUUGACUUAUGUGUGCAGGGUGGAUAUGGCGAAACAUGUGAAAUUCUCAUCCAGCAUCACAGCAGACUGUUUCAGACGCUGAUACAGAUGACCCAGAAUGAAGACAUUAAAGAGAACAUGCUCAGGCAAGUGUUAGAGCACGUCUCACAGCAGAAUGACUCCAACUACCAGAGGAUUCUCACCAGCUUGGCUGAGGUGGCCACCACAAAUGGGCAUAAACUGCUAAGUUUGUCCAGUAACUUUGAGGUGCAAAUGAAGAGUUUACUCCGGAUUGUCCGCAUCUUCUGUCAUGUGUUCUGUCUUGGACCAUCCUCUCCAAACAGUGGGAAUGACAUGGGCUACAAUGGCAACAAGACGCCCCGUAACCAGGUGUUCAAGCCUCUGGAACUGUUAUGGCACUCACUGGAGGAGUGGCUGGUGCUCAUCUCCACUGAACUGGAUAAAGAGUGCAGAGACGCCAGCGCGUUGUCCUCAGGAAAUGACAUCGCCUCACUUCUCCUGAAGAAGCAGGAGUCUGAAUCCUCUCUGUCCAGUGAAACUCCUCCACUGCUGCUGAAUGCCAAAGCUGUGAUAAAGACGCCGGAGGGAUACGCCGAUGGCCAGGAUGUCAUGUCCAUGAUUGCCAAUCGCCUGAGUGCUGUGAUACAGACCUUCUACAUGUGCUGUUCCUGUCAGAUGCCACAUGGCUUGACCUCUCCUCGAUUCAUCGAGUUUGUCUGUAAACAUGAUGAGGUUCUCAAGUGUUUUGUCACAAGGAAUCCAAAAAUUAUCUUCAAUCACUUCCACUUCCUGCUGGAGUGCCCUGAGAUCAUGUCUCGAUUUAUGCAUAUCAUCAAAGGCCAGCCGUUUAAAGACCGGUGCGAGUGGUUUUAUGAACAUCUUCUGGCCGGACAGCCAGAUUCUGAUAUGGUUCACCGUCCGGUUAAUGAAAAUGACAUUCUUCUGGUUCACAGAGACUCAUUAUUCCGCAGCAGCUGUGAGGUUGUGUCCAAAUCCUCCAAUGAGAAGCUCAAACAAGGCAUUGCUGUGCGGUUCCAUGGUGAAGAGGGCAUGGGUCAGGGUGUGGUCAGAGAGUGGUUUGACAUUCUGUCCAAUGAGAUCAUCAACCCAGACUAUGCACUGUUUACACAAUCUGCAGAUGGUACCACGUUUCAACCCAACAGUAACUCCUCAGUCAACCCAGAUCAUCUGAACUACUUUAGAUUUGCUGGUCAAAUCUUGGGUCUGGCGCUCUACCAUCGCCAGCUGGUCAACAUUUACUUCACACGCUCCUUUUACAAGCACAUACUGGGUAUCCCAGUGAGCUACCAGGAUGUGUCAUCCAUUGACCCAGAGUAUGCUAAGAACCUGCAGUGGAUCCUGGACAAUGAUAUCAGUGAUCUUGGCCUUGAGUUGACCUUCUCUGUAGAGACAGACGUGUUUGGAACCAUGGAGGAAGUGCCUCUCAAACCAGGAGGAACUGCUAUUCAGGUCACACAAGACAACAAGUAGUAGCACCUGCGCAUGCAGCACAAAAUGGAACGGGACACCUGUUUAAUGUCGACACGACGCACCGCAAUGGACGCUUCCAGCGUAGACCACAUCAUUGAUUAUAAUUGGAUUCUACUGCUUUUGAUGCGACGUGCCGCUUGCGUCUGGUGUAGACGGUGUAAAGGCCUUGAUAUAUUUCCAAAGAAGUUCUUCUUCAUUCUAUGUUUAGGGGUAAAAAGAAGUUCUAAACAGCUGACGGUAUACUGUUUCCGAACAUUCAGACACCGAUCACACCGCAGCAUUUAAAUAUGAGGACACUACAUAUAAAACCUAAACUAAUGUGACAUUAAAAUGUGUUCAAUGACUUUAGCCUCAUGAGUAGAAUUCAGAUGAGGGCAGUGAAAGAAGUUGUUUUAACCACUCGAUGAUGAUUUAAAGUAAUAUGCAGUAGAAAAUGUUUUGUUUGUCUUGUUUAGAUUCUGAAUUCAUGAUGCUAAUGUGCUUACAUGCUAUACGCGGCCAUAAUAUACGGCAAUUAUACUAUUAUUGUCAUUUAUGAUGACAUUGAUACGACUGCAAAAAUGGACGUAUAAAAGAGUAAUAAUGGGCAAAAUUCAGACAAAAUAAUGAUUAUAAGAGAGGCAUAUCUUACUUUGGGCAGAUGUGUGAAUGGCUUUCGCUGCAGAUGGCACAUGAGUGAAGCAGCAUAUAAAACAACAGAGUGAAUGGGCACUUGAGAGCAUUUGAGUAGAUUUGAUUCCUUUUGUAGACUAAUAAAAAAUUAAUUAAAAAAAUUGAAUGACAUGGUCCUGCCCACAGGUAUGUUCCAGUUGAAUACUGAACGAAAAACGUAAACAAAGUAGUAGGUGGAGCUUCAGGUCACACCUAACGAUGUGGACCAAUGGCAGUAAGAAGGUGUUUAGCAGCCGGUUAGAAGUUUUCCUAAAACUUCACACAGACGAGCUGUUCUGAACCACCGAAAAGAACGCAAAAACAUAUUCUUUUUGGCCAGAUUUUAUUCUAAAUUAUGUCAUACCCGUUUGUUUUUUGAUUUCAUAAAAAAAAAUAAAUAAAUAAAAAAAUAAAUAAAAAAAAAAAACUUAACUACCAUUUUCUUCUUAAUUGAUAACUUAAGAAAAAGGUUAAGAAUAUUUUGUGUUCCCGAAAGAAAGAAAAAAUCUUCUUAAAAAAAAUUCUAAUUAUCUAAAAUGAAAUUCUCAAAAACUGGCGUAAAUAAAGUUAAAGUUAAUAUAACCUCACAGUUGUCUUAAAUCUCAAAAGGUAAAAUGAAAUUACGGAGUUGUUUAAAUUGUUAUGAGUUUUAUCAUGUUGAGUCAGAAGUCGCAAUGGGCUGUUUAUGUAGAAAUGUGAUUUUUAGACCAAAACACUUUUUUGACUGUUUUUGUUUUAUUUUU